AUGGAUCUCACAGCGGUGAAGCUCAAGAACGAGGACGUCAACUACAGCCACGAAGACUACACCGUCCACGUGGGCUCCCACCGCAUCCUCACCGUCACCACCCGCUGCUACUACACCGCCACCAAGUGGAUCACCGAGGUCCAGAAGUUCUACCGCAACAAGUCCGGCCCCCUCCUCGUCGGCCUCCACCCUUCCACCAACACCCUAAACCCCACCUACUACCUCGACAACACCUCCACCAACCCCAAAAAAAUCCCCUACGACCUCCUCACCCUCUGCAUCGGCUCCAACUGCCUCCUCUACCACCUCCCCAACCCCUACGACUACCACACCCCCAACGCCUUCCUGGACUUCUUCGCUAACCCCAACGUCAUUGUCGCGGGAGUUAAUAUGUCCUCCUUCGCGAAGAAACUCGACGAGAUCCACGAGAUUAAGAUCGCCAACAAGAUGGACCUGAACGAGAUGGCGGAGAGAGUGAUGGUGGGAGGGAAGAAGGAGUAUCCUGGUCUCGGGGGGUGCAGUUUGGACCGGCUGGCGGAGGUGGUUUGCGGCAGUGACGUGUGGGUUGACAGGCCGGAGGGAGAGGUGGAGUGGUACGUCGAUGACAGCCGGCGUUGGUUCUACUGUGGGGGUGGUGACGGUGAGCUUACUUGUGAGAAGGUGAAGUACGCUACUCUGGAUGCGUAUUUCUGUUAUAUAGUUGGAGAUGAUGUCCUGAGGAAGAUGCGCGAAUCCGCUUCGUCUGCUUCUUCGUCCUCGAAGAAGGAGAAGAAGAAGAAGAAGAAGAAGAAUGAGAAGUCGGGUAAGAAGAAGUAG